UAUUAGCUUUCAGUGUUUUCCAAUGUCUUUGUAAAUUACGUUUAAUUAAAAAGUGUUUAAUUCGUCCCGGUUCUCCCCUAUGUGAGACCUCAUUAACACGGGCGCCUGCAAAGUAGGCUAUGUCCUAUUUAGGGUGUCCACUCCCCACACAGUGACAAAUGAUUGACUUGAUGAGCGAUAAAAAACUGAUUAGCAAAGCUUAAAAAAAGGAUUUUUUUUUGUUGUUUUUUUUGCGAGCGCUCGUGCCACCCUUGGCUGCUGCCCAUAGCCUACUGCCCAUAUGAAAAACCGCCCCUGAUUUAGGAUGUUGUAAAAUAUCGAAGUUGUAGGACGUUUACAUACUGUAGGUUAAACUAUGUAUGUUUAGCUUAAACUUUAGCCUAUGUAUACUUAUGUAUGUAGACAAUGAGGGAGGAAUUAAACAGUAUGUCAACCUUUUUCAAGGUUAAUGUUAAUCGGUGAAGUGUCCCUUUAAGACCAAGAUGGCGGCACGAACGCAUCAUGACCCUCUGUGUCUCUCCAGAUUUUGCUAAUUACACCAUCUGAAUAGUUUGGAAAGAAAAUCUAUUAGCCGGUUAAGUUGGCAUAUUCUGUGAGGGCUAAACUGGUAGCUGAGAUGUUUUUUGAUAUGUCUUCAUUUUUAACAUUAUGUACAUUAUAUUAAAUAUAUUCUCUUUUUCUCUCUUUUUCAGCAACAUUUGAACUUUUUUUCAGCUACAUUUGAACUUGUACAGCAUGGUGAACAACAAAUAGAUGUUGAGAGACAGACACAUCCUAUCAUAAAGUGCAUUUUUGAUAAUAACUUGAAUAAGUUAAACAAGCUGCUCAAGAAAUAUGACAUUAACAUUAAUUAUCCUUGUGCAGAAUGGAAUGAUGAUGUCACCCCUAUCUGCACAGCAGUUGGCUGUGGAAAUGAAGAGCUUUGUACAAAACUUCUCAAAGAGGGGGCCAACCUUAGCAUCCCCUCAACUAGAGGCUUAACACCUUUGAUAUAUGCUCUGCGUUCUAAUGUGUCAAUUUAUAUAUUUAGACAACUAUUAAAUGGAAAAGCUGAUCCUAAUUUUGGAUUACCCACUCCAUUAACACAAGCUGCGUGUAACAACAGAAAGGAUGUAGCAAGGGAAUUGCUCAAGCAUGGAGCAUUGCCUGAUUUGAAUUACAUACUAAAUCCAAACACAGAUCAAUUUAUAUCUGACUUGUUACAUGAGUUAUCUGCAGGGAAUGAGCAAAUGUCUAAAUAUGCAUACUUUUUUGACAUUAUGUGCGAUUGGUCAAAGAAGUGCCCAGAGGAAAUAUUUCAAUUGUACCACCAGCAUUUUUUAGAUGUACACCCAAGAAUACAAGUUACCCUUUUUGAUAAGGUAUUCACUGCUGUAGGUCCCCAUGCUCCAGUAUACAGACAAUUGGGGCUAAAAUGGCUAAGAGAAUCUCAGAACUUGGACAGAUAUGUAGAGGAGGCAAUUAAAAACUUUUCAAAGCUUCCCGAUACAGGCCAUCAGCAACUCGUUGCAAACAAUUUACGUUCAGCUUUAUGCAUCAUGGAAGAAAUACCACUGAAGUUUUCACGCCCCCUUGUGCCCAUCCUUCUGCAAUGUCUUACAAAUGCUGAAUCUCCUCACCACAUUCUUUUAUUGCUACAUAUCAUCACACGAAAGACCCCCAAACAGAAAGAUGGAUGGGAUGCCCACUUUAUCACAAAGAUGUGCAAAGGCAUAGUCACUUUUACAAAUACAAAGUACCCAGCUGAAACCAGUGCAGAAGCGUAUGGAAUAAUAGCCCAGUUAUAUUCUUAUGGGGGUGCACCUGAGGUUAUCACAUCCCUUGGUGUUACAUCAGUUCCUGAGAGGGUUUUGAAUACUGUGGAUAGCUCUACAAAUGACCAUUUGAAAAAGAAAUUGAGAGAACUGAAUGAAAGCCUGAGAAAGCAAUCUUCAGAUGGGCAAUUGUUAGAUCAGGACAUGUCUUCUCUGGAACCGGGAAAAAGAAAGAAAAAGAAGAAAAUAAAGAAGAACAAACAUAAAAAUGAAGAGGUGGCUCGUUCGAUAACCGAAACUUUAGAUUCUAAGACGCUAGGGAAUUCAGUUGAAGAAUCGUUCUCUGUUGAUGAAAGUUCAAGUGUUAAGCCAUUUCCUUCUGUUACUGAUACUUCCAUUGACACAAUAUCAAUUACCCGAUCUUGGCUCAAAAUCAGUGUACGCUGGAGGCUAAAGUUGGAAAAGCUUGCUAAUAUGAGAAUGACAGAGGUGAAGAAAGUCAGAAAUCUCACUUUUUGUGUAAAUUCGGACUAUCUGAUUGCAAAAGGUAGUGAUGGCACUGAGGUAUUUCUGGGCCUCAGAGAUGAUGGCACGGAAGUUGCUAUUAAACGCAUGACCAAGUCAAACUACCGUCUGCUUAAAAAUGAGGAGGCGUUCUUGCGCCUGCCACAGCUCGACAGUCCCAAUAUUGUACGAUAUGUAGACUUUGCUGAUGAUGAUGACUUUGGCUAUCUAGCCCUUCAGCUUUGUGAAUACACCCUGGAAGAAUACAUUCAAGAUCGCUUACCAGAGGAGAGCUUGGAGAAGAAGAUUGUUCUGAAGACAAAAGUGGAGGAAGUCCUUCGUAGUUUAGAAGUCCUCCAUUGUCAUGACACCAAAGUGCUCCACAGGGACAUCAAACCUCAGAAUGUUUUGAUUGACAUUCAAGGAAAAGCAAGGUUGGCUGAUUUUGGCAUCAGCAGAAGACUGAAUGUUGGACAAACAACGUUGGUCACAAAGUCUGCUGCAGGAACCAAAUGCUGGAAGUCCAGAGAAGUUGUUGAUGAGGACAGUGACGCAGGCUUUAAGAGAAGCUCGGAUGUUCAGGUUGCAGGAAUGCUGGUAUACUACAUCCUCUCCUGUGGACACCAUCCUUUUGGGAAAGGGCCUUACUGUGAGAUUAACAUUCUAAAUGGGAAGUACAAUCUGGAUUUGGUGGAAGAUGAGCUGGCUAAAGAUCUCAUUGAGUCGAUGAUCCAGGCUGAACCCGACGACAGACCGAGAGUGGAAGAAACACUCACUCACCCCUACUUCUGGAACAAUGAGAGGAAGGUGGAGUACUUGAUAAAAGUGGGGAAUCAGCCAGAAGUAGAGAACUUUCGAAAAGCUGACACGAAGCUCCUGGCGGAACUGGAGAAAUGGACAGUGGAUAAAACCUUCUCUGACUGGAAGACCAAAUUCCCCCCUGAGCUGGUCCAAAAGCUGGAGGAGAAGCAGAAGAAAGCUUACCCUGAGAACACUCUGGCUCUGCUGCGUUUCAUACGCAAUCUCCACGAACACCACUCUGUUGAUGCAGACCAGAUUGAGCUGAUGACAUUGUUUCCUGACCUGUUCUCAAGUGUCUACAAGUUUGCCAAAGUUAAAGAUUGGAAAUCAAGACCAAGCCUGAGGAAAUUCUUUAAGGAAUAACUUACUGCAAUUGUCCUUCCAUCUUUUUCUAUCUUCCUGUCAGUAGAGAUGGUUUUGAUUCUAGUUUUGUUUCUGAUUUAGUUUAAAUAAAUUGUAUAUCUUAAAGUGUAUAUCUGGCAAAUUUAUUUUAACAGAUAUGAACGUCCACACUGACCCACGAUUAGGAAAGUCUCUCAAGAAUAUUGAUGUUCAUGAUUGAUGGGUGUCGUCAAUCCUCUUUAUAGAGCGCUACUUUCUGUCCUUAAUGGGGGCCAAGCAGCGAAGCUGUGAAGCUUUUCCUAUUAUUAUUAUUAUUAUUAUUAUACUUGGUACAUGGA